AUGGUCGGUGCGGCGUUCGAACUGCAAGAUGCGUUCGAACUGCUGGGGAUCGACGCGGAGGCGACCGAGCUGCAGAUCAGGACCGCGUAUCGCAAGCGGUCAUUGCAGCUACACCCGGACAAGGUGAGAGAUGUACCGCCAGAGAUAGCUGCAGAUCGCUUCCACCGCCUCACCCUCGCUUAUGAAGAACUCAUGGACCCUAGCAAAAGAAGCGCAAUCGCCGAAAAACUGCAGCAGGAGCGUGCGCGCAGUGCGCGACAUGCAGCAUUUGACCAGCGGCGCCGGGAUAUGACUGCUGACCUGGAGGCGCGCGAAGCACACGAUAAGACGACGAGGAUGGAACAUGCGCAGUAUACGAAACAGCGCGCACUUAAGAUUGCGGAGCUGCGUGAAGAAGGUCGUGCAAUGCGAAUCGAUAAGCAUGCGCAGAUCCUACGCGAAUGGCAGGCACGCAUGCAGGAGCCGGCGACAACACUGCCCAGGAAACGCGCCCGCGAAGAUUCUUUGCCGCCGGUCGGUGAUGCAGAUACCAAUGUCUUGCUGCGCUUCCCUGUGGACCAAGAAGAGCAAAUGCUGCAGGGGCUUGGAUACAAGGAUGCGCUUUCGACGCCGCUGGCAAAAGCGCUCAGCGACGCGUACGGCGCGCUCGUAACGCUGCACGUCCGCCCGGCCAAGAAUCGUCGCGAAAUUGCGGUAGUGGCGACGUUUGCCGAUAUCGACAAUGCAUGGAGAGCGGUCGAAGAUGGGAGCGCACUGCGAUGCACGCACGCACUGCUUGAGGAAUGCUGGAUGGGAUGGUCGGACGUGCAUGGACGUGUGCGAAACGAUGCGCCGCCGCUGGUGACAUACUACAAGAAACACGGCAUCUCGCCUGCCGAUGCAUCCUCAACACUUUCGAAAACACCUGGGGAUACAAAGAUCGAUCCCGUCUAUGAAGCGGAUACGCUUGUGCGACUACGUACAGCAACCAAUCCUACUCCUUGA